AGGCCCAGGCCCAUUUGCACAAAGAGGUUCUGAAGUGAGAGAAGAAGAAAAGUGAGAAAAAAGCAAAGCACAGAAACAGAGAGAGAUAGAGAGAGAGAGAUCGAAAGGAAGAAGAAGAAAAUAUACAAAAAAAAAAUGGGUGGAGGAAUGGAAGCAAACAAGAACAAAUUCAUUGAAGAUUGGGGAACUGCUAGAGAGAAUCUGGAACACAAUUUCAGAUGGUCUCGUCGUAACCUUCUUCUUGUUGGUAUCUUCGGUAUCGCUGUUCCCGUUCUCGUCUAUAAAGGCAUCGUCAAGGAAUUCCAUAUGCAAGAUGAAGAUAAUGGUCGACCAUACAGGAAGUUCAAGCCUUAAGUGUGGAAGAUGUUUUGUAAUAAUGAUGGGUUAUGAAAGUUAAACCUUAAUGAGGCUACAACAUGCACUUUUUCUUAACUCGCCAAGGGUUGUUUGUUUAUGUAAUUUUGUUGUAUCAAACUACUCCAUGUUUGGCUGUCUUCAUUGAUAUUUCUGUGAUGUUAAAUUGGUACCGUUGUUCAAAGUUAAUAAUAUAUUUGGAAAACAAAAAGCAUGAGUUUGAGAAA